AAGGAUGACAUGACGUUGACAUUGACAAAUCAAAGUAAUAAAUUUUAUUUAGAAUAAAUUUCUAUUUUUUAUAAAUCGAAUUUUAUUUAUUAGAAAUUGAGUAAUUUAAUAAUAUUGAGGGAGAGUAGAUAAGAUACAUAUCUACCUUUUCGCAAGACGGUUUAUUAAAAGUAUUCCUGUUCAAAAAGCAAUAGAAAUUAUAACUUUUGAAGAAUGAACUGUUUACGCUUAUUCAGAUCAAAUAAAUACAAUUAUUUAAGCAAAAUUGUAUCAACUAAAUACAUUUCGCAACACCCCUUGAAGUUUAUGGACGUACAGGAUAAGUGGAAGGAAAAAGAUGGCGUUUCUAAUCGUUGGGACCUUAUUUAUAAAGCACCUAUGGAAAGUGCCCUUAAUGUAGCAACAGCAUAUUUGACAGCAUCCACAGUUACUGUUGCGGCAGGUAGUAUUUAUUAUGCUGGAUUUCAGUUUGAUGUGAAUACUAUGUAUGACCCAGUUUUACUUGGAGAUGAAGUAGUAAUUGCCAACAAUUCUUUAGAAUGCCUCAUAUACUUUGGAGCGUUUGUAAUGUUUAAUGUGUGUGUCAAGGUAGUGUUGUCAAAAUUUGUAGUAAGAAUGUAUAAGGAUGGCGAUGAAUACUUAGCUAUAUUUAGAGGGAACUGGUACAACUCUAUAGUUAAACAUAAAUUCCAUUUGAAUGAGUUUAGAAAACUUAAUCCUACAUAUGUUGUGUCAUGGGGAAGCUCUAGGUUUGGCCUUGGAAAAAAGCAUGGCAUACUGCUACAUAACUAUUUUAAGACCCCUGAGUAUUUUAAUAAUUUGUUAUAUAAGAGUAAGCCUGAUGCUAAGGAAUGACAAAGAUCAAAGAAUUGAUGAAGAUGUCUUACGCAAUACUAAUGGGAACCUGAGAAAACUUGAGAGUUUCACUAUUGCAUACUAGUCUUAGUUACAAUAUGUUAUUGAUUGAUAUAAAUUAUAAAAUGAAAAUAAAUUCUCAAUAGUU